UAUCUAAUUAUUAUAUUAGUUUUAGACAAAAUAGAUAUGCUUUAAUAUUUUGGUUUCAAAGUACAGACUGUAAAUGGUAGAGGGAGAGGUAUAGGUAGAGGUAGAGGUAUAGGUAGAGGAGCAGGAAUAGGUAGAGGAAGAGGAGUGCCUCAAGAAAGAAAUAUGAAUGAAGGACUGGGUAGAGGAAGAGAAAUGGCUCAACAUAGUCAAACUAGUUCUGAAGUAACCUACAGUGGAAGAGGCCUAGAAAGAGGGAAGAGACCAGUAGAAUAUGAGGACACCAGUGGAGGACAAACAAGACCUUUUAAAAGGCCAAGAAUGGUAGGUGUUGGCAUAUACCAAGCUGAAGAUGGAUUUACAACUCUCAAUCCUGGAUUGCCAAGUAGAAGAGUCAUCAAUACUAGUACUACAGUGACAAAGAGGGCUGAUGUUGUUAGUGGUGAUAUUGGCUACACACCAGUACGUGGAUUCAAAAUGGAAGGGGAAGACAACUAUUACUAGUAGCAACCUAGAAAGAAUGCGGGCUAAAAAGGUUAUCCAAACUAGGUCUGCAGCUGCUGCUACUGCUAACAGCCAAAGCCAAACAACUUCAAGUAGGAAGACUUCUGUGCCAUGGAAGUAGGGCAUUUUGAUGUUGUCUUGUUCAUUUUGACAAACAAAAUUUAAUUAUGUAUAUUUUGGUGCUGUUUUUGGUUGGAAUCAAACUCAACUUUGUGUGUAACCAAGCAAAACUUGAAUGAUUAUGCUGCAAUGAAGUCCUCUUGUUGAUCA